CCUAAUAGACAGCAGGUAGCAGUUCGCGUGGGCACCGAGUCCAUGGUUUCCCCCUGAAUCUUGAAAGAUAAUUACAACUGGAAGAGAGAAAAUGGAAAAGCAAAAGCCUUUUAAAUUGUUUGUACCACCAAGAUUAAGUAGCAGUCAAGUAUCUGCAGUGAAACCUCAGAGUUUGGGAGGAGAUUCUAAUUUCUUCAAGAGUUUCAACAAAUAUAUUGAAGAUGAUUUUAGUUUUCCAUUUGCAAUGACUAAUCUCUCCAAAAAUGGGGAAAACAUUGAUUCAGAUCCUGCUUUACAAAAAGUUAAGUUUUUGCCCAUGCUUGAACAGGUUGAUAAUUCUGACAGUUGUCCCUACCAGGAAGGACUAAAAGACUCUGAUUUUGAGAAUUCAGAGCCAAUGAGCAGACUAUAUUCAAAACUGUAUAAGGAGGCUGAAAAGAUCAAGAAGUGGAAAGUGAAUGUAGAAUCUGAAUUGAAGCAGAAAGAAAAUAAGUUGCAAGAAAAUAGAAAGAUAAUUGAAGCACAGCGGAAAGCCAUUCAGGAACUACAGUUUGAAAAUGAAAAAGUAAGUUUGAAAUUAGAGGAAGGAAUUCAAGAAAAUAAAGAUUUAAUAAAAGAGAAUAAUGCUACAAGGCAUUUAUGUAAUUUACUCAAGGAAACCUGUGCCAGAUCUGCAGAAAAGACAAAGAAAUAUGAAUAUGAACGAGAAGAAACUAGGCAAGUAUAUGUGGAUCUAAAUAAUAACAUUGAGAAAAUGAUAAUAGCUUUUGAGGAACUUCGUGUGCAAGCUGAGAAUUCCAGAUUGGAAAUGCAUUUUAAAUUAAAGGAAGAUUAUGAAAAAAUCCAACACCUUGAAGAGGAAUAUAAGAAGGAAGUAAAUGACAAGGAAAAGCAGGUAUCACUGCUAUUGCUCCAAAAUACUGAGAAAGAAAAUAAAAUGAAAGAUUUAAUAUUUCUGCUAGAGGAAUCCAGAGAUAAAGUUAAUCAAUUAGAGGAAAAGACAAAAUUACAGAAUGAAAACUUAAAAGAAUCAAAUGAGAAGCAGGAUCAUUUGACAUCAGAACUAGAAGAUAUUAAAAUGUCUUUGCAAAGAAGUGUGAGUACUCGGAAGGCUUUAGAGGAAGAUUUACAGGUAGCAACAAAAAAAAUCUAUGAGCUCACUGCAGAAAAAGAAGCUCAAAUGGAAGAAUUUAAUAAAGCUAAAACUGCUCAUUCUUUUGUGGUUACUGAACUUAAAACUUCUAUCUGCAACUUGAAAGAAUUAUUGACAACAGAACAGCAAAGAUUCGAAAAAAGUGACGAUCAAUUGAAAAUACUCACCAUGGAGCUUCAGAAGAAAUCAAGUGAACUGGAAGAGAUGACUAAGCUUAAAAAUAACAAAGAAGUAGAACUUGAAGAAUUGAAAAAAAUCUUGGCAGAAAACCAAAAACUUUUAGAUGAAAAGAAACAAUUUGAGAAGAUUGCUGAAGAAUUAAAAGAAACAGAACAAGAACUAACUGGUCUUCUCCAAACCAGAGAGGGAAAAAUACAUGAUUUGGAAAUACAGUUAACUGCCAUUGUGACAAGUGAACAGCAUUAUUCCAAACAGGUUAAAGAGCUGAAAACUGAGCUUGAAAAUGAGAAGCUUAAGACUACUGAACUAAAUGCAAGCUGCAACAGGCUUUCACUGGAGAACAAAGAACUAGCACAAGAAACAAGUGAUAUGGCCCUAGAAAUCAAGAAACAGCAAGAAGACAUUGAUAAUAGCAAAAAAGAAGAAGAAACAAUGUUGAAAAAAAUAGAAAAACUAGAAGAAACGGAAACACAGUUAAGGAAUGAACUGCAAUCUGUGAGAGAAGAACUAAAACAGAAAGGAGAUGAAGUUAAAUGUAAAUUGGACAAGAGUGAAGAAAAUGCCCGCAGCAUUGAAUGUGAAGUUUUAAAAAAAGAGAAACAAAUGAAGAUCUUAGAGAACAAGUGUAACAAUUUAAGGAAACAAGUUGAAAAUAAAAGCAAGUGUAUUGAAGAACUCCAGCAGGAGAAUAAGGCCUUAAAAAAAAAGGGCACAGCAGAAAGCAAGCAACUGAAUGUUUAUGAGAUAAAGGUCAGUAAAUUAGAAUUAGAACUAGAAGGUACCAAGCAGAAAUUUAAAGAAAUGACUGACAGCUAUCAAAAAGAAAUUAAGGACAAAAAGAUAUCAGAAGAAAAUCUUUUGGAAGAGGUUGAGAAAGCAAAAGUAAUAGCUGAUGAAGCUGUAAAAUUACAGAAAGAAAUUGAUAUACGAUGUCAACAUAAAAUAGCUGAAAUGGUAGCACUUAUGGAAAAACAUAAGCACCAAUAUGAUAAAAUAGUUGAAGAAAGAGACUCAGAACUAGGACUUUAUAAAAGCAAAGAACAAGAACAGUCAUCAAUGAAAGCAUCUUUGGAAAAACUCAAAAGAGAGGCAAAAGAGAACAUAGUUACUCUCGAAAAAAGAGAUAAGAAAAUACCGACACCUUUAUUGGAAACACCUGAAACUCAUUAUUGGAAAUUUGAUUCUAAAGCAGCUCCUUCACAAAAUAUAUCUCGAAACUUCACAUCAGCUGACCAUGGUAAAUCCAAAGAUAAAAGGGACUAUUUAUGGACAUCUACCAAAAGUACUUUAUCUACACCAUUACCAAAGGCAUAUACUGUGAAGACACCAACGAAACUAAAAAUUCAGCAAAGAGAAAACAAGAAUGUACCCAUGGAAGAAAGUAAUAAAAAGAGAAAAAUGGUCUUUGAGUUUGAUAUUAAUUCGGAUAGCUCAGAAACGACUGAUCUUUUGAGCAUGGUUUCAGAAGAAGAGACAUUGAAAAAAUUAUACAAGACUAAUAAUCCAACAACUUCUCAUCUUUGUGUCAGAACACCAAAAAAGACCCCUUCAUCUCUAACAACCCCUGGAUCUACGCUGAAGUUUGGAGCUAUGAGGAAAAUGCGGGAAGAUCGUUGGGCUGUAAUUGCUAAAAUGGAUAGGAAAAAAAAACUAAAGGAUGCAGAAAAGCUAUUUGUUUAAUUUCAGAAAAUCAAUGUGAUUAAGGAGCCUAAUAACAUCAAAUUUAUAGUCAACUUAAAAAUGUUUUAUUUUCUGAAGAGCCAAACAUUUUCUGACAUUGAGAUUUUUUUAUAUUUGCAUAAUUUGUUUUUUAUGAUUUUUAUGUUUUGGCCUAAAUUACCACAUGU